CAUCAAGAUCAAGAUCAAGUCUUCUUUCUGCAAAACAAGUCAGAAAAGCUCCUCCGUAACACCUUCCCUGCCCUACACUGCAAGAACCAAGACACGCUCUUCUGUUGUCUCGUAGUUAACCAGCAUUUUUCUUGUUCUACGAGUUGGAAAUAGAAUGUCGUCGAAUGUCGACUCCUCCUGUUAAUCGUCCAGAUAAAUGACUGAUGGACAACCAACCAGUCCAAUGUCAAGACUGACCUUCAACCAUAUGGGAUAUGCUGAUCAUUCUGACCCAACCAGCAAUGAAUCAGUCAUGAACAAUGGAUGGUAAGCUGAUGAAAACCGGUCAAGUCUGUAAUUGAAGAUUGUUCCAGAUGGCAUGCCUACCUCCUGUAAGGGUUGUCUGAAGCAGUGACCACAGCUGCAUCUAAGCUUCCAGUACUGUGCAUGUAGCUCAAAGCAGCACUAGUGGCAGUUCUCUGCUGUAGACCAGCCUACAUAUUACUGUUGUGUGUGUGCCUCAUCUUAUUACUGCCAGAAUGGAAGAUUUAGAGAGGUACAAGUGUGCAAGGUGUGAAGUAAUCCUGCCAAGCAAAAGCCACCUCAUCCAGCACUCACUCUCACACAUUGGUGUAGCAGUGCAUGUGUGCCAGCACUGUGAUCAGCUCUUCAUGAGUGCCAGUGAUCUGGUGAAACACAGCCUUAACCACACGCGCAAACAUGAAUGCCGGGUGUGUGGCAAAGAAUUCACCCGUCGCAGUAAUCUGAAUCAGCACAUGUACAUCCACAAUGGUGAAAAGAGGCAUGUAUGUAAGAUAUGUGGCAAAGGUUUUAAUCAGAAAGGCAACCUUAUUAAUCACUGGAAUAGUACACACAGUGAUGUCAAGCACCAUUGUGGUGAGUGUGGGAAGGCAUUCCACCGCAAGGACAGCCUGGAUAAGCACAUGAACAUCCACACUGGUGAAAAAAUCUACCGCUGUUUUGUAUGUGAUAAAACAUUCCACCAAAAAGCAUACUUAACCAGCCACUUGAACAGCCACAGUAGUGUAACAAAGUACAAAUGUGAUGAGUGUGGCAAAGGGUUCUCAUACAAGACCAGCCUAAACAGACAUAUGAACAUGCAUGCCAAUAUCAAGAACUUCAGGUGUGACAAGUGUGACAAGACUUUUACCCGUAAAAGCCACCUCCUGGAACACAUAAACAGCCAUAGUGGCUUAACAUUCAACUGUGACAAGUGCGAUAAAACAUUCACCUACAAAAGCAGUCUGCGUAACCAUCUGCUGACCCAUGAUACAUCCCUGGAAAGCAAACAUAGGUGCAUUUUGUGUGGCAAGGCUUUCACUCACAAAACAAGCCUAACUCGCCAUAUGGACACACAUUCUGGGGUCAAGAAUUUUGAGUGUGAUGAAUGUGGGAAGACCUUCUCACGUAAGAGUCAUUUACAAGAACACAAAAACAGUCAUUUAGGCAUAAGCUUUGACUGUGAUAAAUGCAAGAAGAGUUUUGCUCACAAGAGCAGCCUUAAGACACACAUGAACACGCACCAUGAGAGUCUAAGUGUGGAAGGUGGUAGUGACAGUCCUACAAAUACCCACACCAUGGAAAGAGCAGAAAGUGGUAUUAAUGAGCCUAUAAAUACAUGCACCACUUAAGUCUAUAUUAUACAAAAACAAGUAUUAACAGGUUUAGAAAUGUAAGUCCUAAAUUCACGGAUAGAAAGUGGUAUUCAUAAACUUGCACAAAUUCUUCUGUUGCAAAAUUACUCAUCAGCUUACAUUUUUGUGUGAAUGAAGCAUUGUGCAAUACAGGUUUUGUGUAAGCCACAAUAGGCAUAUUUAAAAGAAGAUACCUGGACAGUUGGAUAGCUGUGUUGCAAGUUGAAAGAUACAUGGACAGUUGUAUUACAUGCUAAGACACAUUACCAGGUGUGUUGCAAGUUGAAAGACACAUGGACAGUUGUAUUACAAGCUAAGACAGAUGGACAGUUGUGUUACAAGCUGAAAACAUAUGGACAGCUGUGUUAUAAGUCAAAGGAUAUUUGGACAGUUGUGUUACAAAUGAAAUCGUUAAUUAUGUAAAAAUAUUAUUACAUAAUACAGCAUUAUUUCACGACAAAAUUUACAUGUUUAUAAACAAAUAACACUACAGUAAUAAUAGUAAAGAAGUUAAUAACGUAUUUAGAUGAUGAAAAUAUUAUGUAUUAUUAUAGAAUGUUAUCUUAGAAAGACAUUUAUAUGCAUAAUAAGAGAAGCAGCUUUGAGUUUAAGACAAACAAUAUGUAGCACUAGCUACAUUUAUAUGUGACUGCUAAUUUAGUAGUAUGGUAAGAACACCAUCUUUUCACCUUGUCAUUUGUAAUUAGGUCACUGGUUCAAGGACAGGUGUGAAUGAGAAGACCUUCCUCCCCUUACCAAACCACAUGAACUCAUCAUUGCAGAGCACAUUUGAAAGUCAUAUAUCACUGAUAGUUUUUGCUACUGAUUUUAUUUUUUUUUUUUAUGAAAAAAUAGAUUCCAUUAAUUGUGCACAAGAUAUUUUUCAUUUUACAUAAAUCUUCAUCUGAGGCAUGUACUGAAUUUUUGUCUUUAUUUUAAAGCAUUUUUAUGUUUUGCUUUAACCUUAUAAAAGUUUUUCUCCCUUAUUUA